GGGAGAGAUUGGAAGAGAGAGGGAGGGAGCGAGGCAGAGAGGGAGGCGCAUCUGUGGCGGUGACGACAGCCAACACCACCCGGGGCCGAUAAAAACCUCUCAGUAAAGCAAUCACUGCAGGAGACAGCGCGGGAGAGGGCGAGCAACACAGAGAGAGAGAGAGGAGGCGGAGGAGGAGGAGGAGAGGGACAACACUCGCGUGACAAGACGGAGCGAGACACGGACAGGCGGGCAGAGACCGGUGUAAAGCGGCGAGGAGUGCAGCAAAGAGACAGCGACGCGAGCACAAAGGCAAAGAUACAAAGACACGCGCACAACACAGAGGAAGUGACACACAGAGAGAGAGAGAGACGCAAAGCCGGGAAGAGGGAGACGCCGCGAGUCCACGGCCGCACAGCGGGUUCGGCAUGCCGCCUGCGCAGCCAGUGCCGGCCGCCUGCAGGAGUCGCACGAGACGAGGCUGAUCCAAGACAAUUAUAUUCCGCAUCUUCGUCCAUAAAUUAUCUUACACUAAUUUAAUUUGAAUCACUUUCCACGGAUAAUCCGUUGCAAUUAAAUAUUAUUUUAUUCAUUUUCCUUUCAUUUUUUUUUUCAUUCAACUUCAUUCAUUAUAGUUCACUGGCGUUUUUUGUUAAACUAUACUCUAAUUAAUUUCUGCAAUAAAUAUUUUAAUCUUCGCUUUCAAGAACGAUUUAAAAACUGAACACGGGCGCAGGAAACAACGGCGACAGAACACGAUUUUUUGUUGAAUUAAUUAUUUAAAGCAAAAACGCUAGACUGUUUAUUUCCAUUUUAAGAUAUAUUAUUUCAUUUAUUAAACAUAGGCGCUGUUUAUAGAUUUUUACACAAUGUAUAUUAAAAUGUCAUAAGCAUAACUUAUUUUAAAUUGCCUUCAUUUUUAUAAGGCCAGUCAUUUGUUUUACCUCAGGACACCCUCGUUCAUAUAUGAAUAUUGUAACAUUUUACUUGAGCGGAAUUUUUAUUUUGGUUUUCCAAUCCCCUUCAUUUUAUGAAUUGCAGCUUUAACGCGUUUCACGUUAUUAAACGAACAAUUUUCUCACAAUGUAAUUUCACUAAGUAGGAAACUCCCCUUGAGAUCAUUAGAAGGCAUGUAUAAUUGUCAUUGCUAUUGAACGCUUAUACAUUAUACUUUUACUUUGAAUUUAUCAUUUUGAUUUCAUAAAACAUAAGUCUUUCACCACCACCACCACCACCACAAUCAUUGUCAUUCCUACAAAAUCUAUACGUUUUGAGUUUCAUCACUUCGUUUACUUUUGAUGAAUAACCAUUGAUUAAAUACAUUUUACUUUUUCAAACGCAAGUCAAUAAGGCACCAAUGCCACCACCACCAACACCAUCAUCAUCGUUUUAAUAAUUCCUAUACUAAUGUUAAUAGUUGUAUUCUUUAACACCAAUUAGCUUAUUUUCACUUACUUACAUUUAAUUCAACUCUUUCAUAAUACCAUCAAAGGCAAGUCUUUCACCGCCACCAUCGUCAUCUUCACUCACAAACGCCACAAUUAGUUGUGCCAAUCUUGAUUUGAAGCUUUCGUGACUGCAGGAAUCCAUACUCUUUGGUUCUUUCAGUAAAGUCACGUAGGUAAAAAUAAAAUUCUAUAUAAUAAAAUAGAACAAAUUACGACGUUUCGAUCGCAACACAAGCAAUCCUCAUCAGGUGGAACAACCACAGCAACAUAGUUGUACCACUUAAAACACUAAUUCACGAUACUUUACUUGAUUACACUCAAAACAUUUAUUUAUUUCAUCAAAGGCAGACAAAGCCUCUGCCACCACCGUCGUCAUUCCCACAAACACCCCAUUGCAUUUUCUAAAUAAUUACUUUAUAACACGCGUCACCGCCGCCCCACCACCACCACCACCGCGGCCGCCGCAGCUAUCCGCUCCGACCGCUUCCCACGCACGGGGGCCGUGGGAGCCGGCGCCCCGAUGGUGCUACUCGCGGGGCGGCGCUGCCACGCGUGCGUCGCCCUGUGCAUGGUGCUCGCCAGCCUCCUGCUCACCGACAGCUACCUCGUGUCGCAGCAGCAGGGCGGACGCCGCAUGGCCGUCUCCAUCCUCAACCUUGUCGGUGACGUCUGCUUCCUGCUUAUCCUGCGCUACGUUGCGGUGUGGGUGGGUGCCGAGGCUCGCACGCCACGCCGAGCCUACGCCUCCAUCCUCUGGUUCCUCUAUGUCUUCGUGCUCGAGAUAAAGCUCUACUUCGUCUGCCAGAAUUAUCGUGGCGAGGCCUCCACGCUCUCCCCAUCUUCCCCUUCCUCCUCCUCGUCCUCCGCUGCCACCUCAUCUGCCGUGGCGGACGACACGGGCCUCGGCCGCAAGUUGCUCACGCUCUUCCUGUCGGUGUGCGUGCCGGGCCUCUACGUCAUCCUCGUCGCGGUCGACCGCCUCGACUGCCUCGACACCGACGGCUCCUCGUCGCUAGACGACGAUGACGACGACGAAGACGACCGCGACGACAGCAACGUCGACAGCAACGGCUGCAGCGCCGUCGACCGCGACCGGGCGGACGAAGACGACGAGGCGUCCGCCGCGGGCCGGUGCGCGCGCUCCCAGGAUGCCGCGCUGUCCGGCGAUCCACAGCUGCCGCCCGCCUCGCCCGAGGAGGAGGCGGCCGCAGCGGAACGCCGCCGCGAGCGCCGCAAGCGGCAGCGCCGCCGGGCGGCCGCCGCGCCGCCUCGGGGGCCGCCGCCACGCGCCGCCCACGAGCGGGCGCUGGCCGAGGCGCUGAGCUGCCUGCUGCUGCAGCGCAAGGAGGAGGUGCGCAGCCACGUGUUCGUGGUGGCGCUCGAUCUGCUCGACGUGCUCGACGUGCAAGCCGGCCUCUGGGAAUCGCGGGCGGCAGCGCCCGGAGGCAGCUCCGCCGUCCCCGCGUUCGGCUCUUCCUCCUCGUCCUCCUUCUCCUCCUCCUCUUCCUCGUCGUCGCUGCCUCCGCUCUGGGCCGAGAACCUCACCUUCUUCUACUGCUACAUCUUGCUGCUGGUGCUGCCGUGCGUGUCGCUCAGCGAGCUGGGCUCGCUGCUCGACCGCGGCACCACGCUCUACCCAGCGCUCAGCCUCAUCACCAUCAACGUGGUGGCCGUGUUCGUCCGUGCAGUCACGCUCGUGCUCUACGCCGGCGCCAGCGUCUCCACCAUCUUCAUCGGCAAGAACAUCCUGGCACUCAUGAUCAAGACGUGCUCGCUGCUCGAGUUUGUGCGCCAGGUGCCCGACGGCGCGCAGCAGCAACAGCAGCUGCCUCCCGCACUCGUGAUGGGCGGCGGGGGCGGCUGCGGGGGGGGCGGCAACAUGGCCACCGGCGCUGCCAUCGCCGAGCUGCAGUUGGUGACGACGCACCGCCAGCUGUCUCACGAGCCGCUGGUGGCACACAUUCACCAGCAGGUACCCACCAGCUGCCUCGGAGAUGAUGCCGCGCUGACCGCCGCCGGCGCCACCGGCGCCGCGUUCUCCUUCAACUCGCUGCACCGCGGCGACAGCGUGGCCGAAGCGUCGGGCCAGCGGACGCUUCCGCUGAACCUCCCGACGCAGAACCGCUCGCUCAUGCCCGCCGACGUGUCAUGAGCAACGAAGCGACGUGUGGUGGCGGCAGCGGCGCCGCGGACAGUGGCUGGAGGACUAACUUCCCGCGGCACUCGCGCGAAUUAAAAAGAUCGAUCGUUUCCACCGUCCCCAAGCCACGCCCCUCCUGUCCAUGCCGCUCUCCCUGUCCUCUGUCCUGGGUCGUUUGUGUCAAAUCCAGCACGAGGUUUUCAGGCAUGGUGGCGACGGCGCUCCGUGACAGAAAGAAGCUCU